AUGCACCUGCGUGGCCUGUCAAGUGGUGGUGAGGGGCACUGCUGGCUCGAGGUGGUCGCGCAGGCAUGCGCCAUCGAGGAAGGCUGGGGCAUUGACCUUGUUGAACGCGCGUUUUCAGCUGGAGACAGUGAGCGGCUCUUCCGUGUACGAACCGCUCUCCGUCAUCUGACCAUCAAGGUCUUCAACCUGACCGAGAACCCCAAUGUCCUUCAAGGGUUUGGGGGACCGCGGACUGCAUGUAAUCAGCGUGACAUCAGGAGGCUGGCCCUCAACUUCCGGCAGGACGUCACCAACGCGGAUGACUUCCGCGACACCGUCUUGUACAUGGACGCUGACGGCGGUGGCGGGGGACACGGUGGCACGAGGGCUAUCCUUGCACUUUCCGAGGGUUUCGGCAUCGACUUGGCCAUGGGGCGGGCGGCCAACGUGUUGCCAGAGUACGUCGAUGAGGCCACCAUGAAGUGCGCGGCGAUCCACCAAGACGGACACUGGACUCUGGUCGCACUCGGCGGCAAGGAUGACGAUGAAGCCACCCAAGUGGGGAGUGAGAGCGAUGUGCUGGACUUUAUCGAGGAGCGCAUCAACAUGUCACUGGCGGAACUCGCCACCCGCACAGGCGAUGACCCCACGAGCACGGGCGACGACGCCACCACCACGGGAGACAACGUCAAGGUGUGUUCCAGCAAACCCUACGACUACGACUAUGACAGCGACACCAAUGUCGUCUUCACCAACUCGACUACCGAGCCCCACUCGCUACCGUGGCCUCGUACUUGGCCCGAUCCCACCCACGGUUCCACACGAGGCUGCACCUGGGCGGAAGAUGACCUGUUGGAGGACAUUGUCGAGCGCCCUCGUGACAACAGCGUCUACGGCCGUUUCGGAGUCUUCGCCGAUGAGGAUGGAGAUGAUGAAGAGGCGGUCUUCUUCGCGGAUGACGGGGGCCUCAUCGAUGAUGAUGAAGAGGAGGAGGUCCGGACGCGGGGCCCGGAGGAGGUUUGCCUCUUCCCGUCGGUGUGGUCCGAGUGGACCAGGACGCAGCCCCGGAAGCACUCCAGGGUGCGCCGCAGCAGCGGGCGGAGGACGACGAAGAAGAAGAACAAGAAGCGCCGGUGCCCGCGUCGCCGCCAGGAAAGACGCCGCCGCGCGGCCUUGCGGCGCAAACGGCUGAUCAAGCGUGCACGCAUGGGUGGACGUCGCCGCCGGCCGCGCACCUGCUUCCUCCGAGGGGUGCAUACCCAGAACAGGACGGACAGGGGGGAAAACGACCAAGACCCUGACGCCUGUACAAGCAUAUUGGAUGCACCGGUACAUGCCAAGGACCUCCGGGCCCAAGCCCGCAAGGCCAACCUCGUCAAGGUCAGGGGAUCGCAGGGACCCACUAAGCGCAAGGCCGCCGGUGUCGCUUCCGAUGGCGGUGGCAGUAAGCGCAAGGCCGCCGGUGUCGCUUCCGAUGGUGGUGGCAGUAAGCACAAGGCCACCGGUGUCGCUUCCGAUGGCGGUGGCAGUAAGGGCAAGGCCGCCGGUGUCGCUGGCGUUAAACACAAGGCCCGCCGUGUCCCUGUUGGAGGCGGUGGCACCAAGCUCAGGGCUACCUGUGUCACUGGAGAUGGUGAAGUGGACGCUGCCGACGGAGGUGACACAGGAGUCGAUCCCAUGAAAGUGGGUGAUGAUAGCGAUGGAUUCGGAGACUCCGGUGCUGGCAGCAACAGCAACAGCGGCAGCGACAGCGGUGGCGGUGGCGGUGCGAAAGUUGCCAAGCAAGGACGAAAGCAGAAGGCAGCUGGGCAAAAGAGAGUAACCGGCCCGAAACUUGCUCGGUGGCUGACGGAACCGGUCCUGCCCUGCUUGGAUAAAUUCAUCCGAACAAAUCGCAAGCUUGCCAAGCAAAGAGGGAAAGACCACGAGGGUUCGGCAGGUCACACACCGGGCAAGCCUGCCGGAGUGGGGUAUAUCACGGAUCUUGCCGGUCCCCUUUCUCUGCUAUCGAAGAGCAAGGAAGGUGGAUUUCGAGUAUUCAAGGACACUUUCUUUCCGCGAGCCAACAUAAACCUGCUCUCGCUGAGUGAGGACGAUGUCAAAAACCUGCGGGGGGAGGAAAAAAAUCGUUGGUCUAAGACGAAGCGACUCCGAGCCCACUACGACUUGGACUACGUCUUUGAUCCCGUUGGACAUCGGUGUGGUGUUGGGGCGGACAAAGGUUCAACUCGAAGGAGGGAAGAUCCAGAAGGUGCCACGCACACCACCACCCUGAGUCAAAUCGUGCCGUACAUUUCGGGGGGCGACAAGACAAUGAGUGAUGGGAUGCUGCUGGACGUGGACGGUGGAAUUGAAGGUGCGGUAGCCACGGUAGACAAGAUAGACUCAAAGAGCAAGCUAUCGCUGGUUAAUCUCCAGGCAAUAAAGACCAAAACGGAAAGGGUCAGGCAGCUCUCUCUUGAAAUCUUUGCCAAGGCCAGCGUGCAAGACCUCCUGCCCCCGAGACACACAACAAGCCCCGGCAGCAAAGCCUUCGUUGAACGCGAGGAGUCCCUGAAGGAGCUCAACUUUAUGCCUGGCCUUGAGUGUUCAAAGAAGACGGGUGUGCAGUCCGGGCAUUUGUUCACGGGCCGGGUUGUUUGCGGGGGAACCGGUUGGGUACCUUCCAGAAAAAAUAAACUCGAGAGCUGGGCAGCCAAGCUCACGACGCUCAUCAGGGCGUGUAUGUGCGCGUACCGCCUUGGCCGCCCUAGCAACAUCGUCGAAGCGUUUCAUCCGCUGUCGGAGAAGGAGCUGGAUGUACUGAGGCGCUCCCAUCCGUUUUGGGAUAAGAACAUGGAGGAAAACUUUGAAGCUGCAGACUUUGACGACAUGUCCACGCAUGUUACCGGGAAGGAGGGGCUUGGAGAGGAGCACGAGUGGGCCCAUAGACUUGUCGUCGAGCGGUCGAAGACGUUCUACAGCUAUUUGACGCCGGUGAUUGUCAAUGCCUGCGGGACUCGAGACCCAUACCGAGUCAUUCUGGAGGCGAAAGGCGAUACCGACGACAGAAAGUUUACGCUGCUUAUGGCUUUCCAGAUGUCCAUGGGCGAAAAAAUGCGACCAAUGAUGGAGGACGUGUAUAAGCACUCGCGUGGUUUCGAUCGUCGGGGCGCCACCUCUCUCAUGAACGCAAACUUGGAAUCUGGUAGUUUCGACAAGGUAGUCGGAGAAGAUCAUCUUCUCGGUCGCACGCCGGGCGAGGUAGAGGAGAAUAAGGCGUGGAUCGCAGGGGUGGUCAAUGGAUUGAAGGCCGAUGGAUGGGAGCCACGGCAUUGGUGCGGAUUCAGCGUGGUUACACAGCUGGGCUGCCUUUUCAACGCAGCCUGCCUCCGAGAAAGGUCAGCCUUGAACCUCGCGGCCAACACCGCGUACUACAACAACGAGCGAGGCAGGGUCGCGAUGAGGCCACCUGCAAAGGAAAAGCAAAGCAAAACAGCGAACAAAAACCUCAGUACGGUUCUGAGGGAACACGAGAUCCAUGGCGCCGACGUCGUCCGGUGGGUCAUGGUGAUGCUUUUCGUCGGGCGGGAGUUUCUACGCCAACACAACGGGGGGGUUGUGGACGCAAGUUUUGGUCCGCUGAAUUCAAACGGCACGCAUAUGACACCGGACACGUUCGGAAUUUUUUUCAAGGAGGUCAUGCGGGCGUACUUCGGAGCGGACAACGCGGACAUUUAUGCACUGAGAACCGCGCAGGAUUCGCAGGCCGUCAGGGAUCUGUUAAUAGCGGGGGCAAACACGGAUCACCCGGCUUUGUUAGAACUGGCGAGGGAGCAACGAACGGGUGGAAAUGUGAGUGUCGUGAACCCUUUCGGAGCGUACUGUACGUACCAAUUCGACCGCGUAGCUGCGCUAGUAAGGGGCAUAGUUCACCUGGACUUCAAGGGGGGGCUUCGGCGCAUGAGCGUGGAGAAGAGGAUUCGGGAGGGCCUUCCGGAGUUUCCAGACACUCAGCUGUGGCGCAUUCCAGAUUGUGUGAAGAAAGUGAGGGUUAUGAUGGCCAUGACGCCACCAAACGUACCCGAGAACGUCAUCAACGAUUUGGGCGAGAGUGAUGACGACUUAGCACUGACAGCACCGGCUUCGUCGAGCAUGAGCAUCGAGCCGGAAUCGGGCGACGGCUGUGCGCUGCCCCCGCCUUCGGGAGGCGCGUCGUAUGGUGGCCCCUCGUACCCCAUCGACGCGGAGGAGGCCGAGGCUGCAAAGCGGCUCAGGAUGAAAAAGAUGAAAUUGGAAGAGGAAGAGGUCGAUGAGAAGCGUGCCGCGAUACGAGCGAGACGGGCACUGUCCUCCGUUCCUGCUGCCGUCGGGGGUGGCGCCACUGCUGCUGCCGUCACCAGGCACCUCUCCGAUACUGCCCGCGUUGUUACUGGGCCCGCGGCCGAUACUGGGGGAUCUUCGGCGAGUGUUUUUAAGGCUUCGCGUCGGGGCGUGUCCUACAGCAAGCCAGCGUCGGAGGAUGAGUGCACCGGGAUGCAAGAGCUGGCGCGGGCUGUCGGCGGAGCUUGGGAACGGGCUUAA